CUUUUUGUUGAUGAUCGUGAACUAUGCACGGGCAGUGCUCAACGUACGUACAUAGAUUGAUGAUUGUGUCGUGAGAACGGUCAUUUCUCGUUUUAUCAUCACGACAUUCAAGUCGCGAGUGUCACCGUCACUUGUCACGCAAUUAUGGAUCAGGAGGAUUAUCUGACGAUACUGAAGAUUCUCAUGAUCGGCGAGUCUAACGUCGGAAAAUCGAGCAUACUUCUCAGAUUCACCGAGGAUGAGUUCUACGAGAACAUGCAGAGCACAGUCGGGAUGGACUACAAGACCAAGCAGAUCACCAUUGACGGCAACACAGUGAAACUGGCAAUUUGGGACACUGCCGGCCAGGAACGAUUUCGCACCUUAACACCGAGUUACUACAGAGACGGCCAGGGCGCUAUCCUGAUGUACGACGUUACAGAUCGGAACACUUUCAUAAAGCUGGAAACAUGGCUCAACGAGCUGAACACGUAUUGCAAUAAAACGGACAUUGUCAAGAUGGUAGUGGGUAACAAAAUAGAUCUGCCAAACAGAGAAGUCAGCACUGAGGAAGGCCUACAGUUUGCCAGGAGACAUCAAACUUUGUACAUCGAGAGCAGCGCAAAAACAGCUGAUGGUGUGAAGUGUUGCUUCGAAGAGCUUGUACAAAAGAUAAUACAAACACCUGGGCUUUGGGAUGCUCAUUCGCUACGUCUGUACGAUAAUGGUACCAUGAGUGCACGGCAACGAAUAGGAAAAAGGGGAAUGCAGUUGGCCAACGAUUAUCCGCAACAAGACGCGUACUCAAGUUGUUCCUGCAGUUUGCUGUAAUCGACUGUGAUCAGAAAACUUGUAUGAAUAAUAAUGAACUUGCACUAUGCCUGUCAAGACAAAAUGUACAUGCUGCAUUGACUAUACAUGAUAAAUCAAUUCGGCAAGCAUGUAACGUGAAAGGGUCAAGUAUGAUACAUUGCAUCAUGCUAUGCCACUCAACUCCACAAGAUAAAACUUGUCGAGAGAUAUGCAUAUAUUAGCUUAUCACACAUACACGGGCUAUCAUUGAAGACAAGGUCUCGAAUCUGACAUAGAAAUUUACGAUAUAUCAAACAGAAUUUUGUGUUCGUGUAAAUACAUAAUUUGUAACGUACUGAAAGAGCAAUCGUAGGCACUGAAAUAAGAUUUAUAUAAAUCAA